AUGCAGACGAGACUCAUGGGUAUGGAGGCGGCUGCUGCGGGUGUUGAGGCGAGAUUCGGAAGUGUUGAGGCGGCGGUUCUGGGUGUUCAGGCGAGACUCGUGGGUGUUGAGGCGGCUGCCAUUAGUCUCAAGGGUGUUGUCGUGACGGCUCUCGUGGGUGAUGAGGCGGCUACUAUAGGCGUCGAGAAUGCCGUCGUGACCGUCAAGGCGGAUUUCAUAAGUGUCGACGUGAUGGGGACCAGAGCUGGAGUCUCAACCGGUGUGGUAGAACGCAUCUCAGAGCGCGAGCCCGAGAUGGUCCAACCAGCUUCCGGAAAUGAGGCUUCAAAGGCGCCAGUAGCUGCAAGAGUUGAGAUGGAGGCAUUGACUAUGUUUGUCCACCCUAUUGUACGACCAUUGACAUUGUCCGAACAUGUCAAUGACUUGAGGGCCAUAGCAGGUUGGAAUGUUCAGCUGAUUGAGAAAGGCAGCGAGAACAUGCGCAGGCGUAGGCUUGGAAGCAGGGUCGUUGUACGAGAGCUUGGAUGGACAGCCCAGAUCCGCAUCAACCGGGCCGGACAAGAGAAGAACCGCAAGACACAUAUUCAAUCCACUUCCAAGCUGUCAGCAGUCAGCAGUGAGCAGCCAGCAGCAAGGCCGCCUGAAUGUGGGCGAGACGAGAGAAAUACAUACUCGGAGAAUGGUAAGCAGGCGUGGUAUGUAAGAGCGAGUGAGCUGGGUGGAAAAGAAGGAACGAAAGAGGAGGCUCGAUACGAGAGAGAGGAAGUUGAUGAACGAAUCCACACAGAGGAGUUGUUGUUGAGAGGAAGUUGA